AUGACGGCCCAAAUUCUGUCGUCGGAGCUUGGGAACCUAAUCCAGGAGAGCAAAAGGAAACAUACGGAUCUUCGAAAUGCCGCUGAAAAGUCUCUGGACGAGCUCAAGGCUCUACGUUCAACCUCUGAAGCCCAGAUAGCUGCUGAUCUCUCCCAACGCCCCAAUUUCGUGACACCGCUCCUCAUUGCAUGCGGUACGAAAAAUGUAAAGUUCACUGGUAUUGCAAUUGUAUGCUUGCAGCGGCUUGUCGUAUCAUCUGCCCUUCCAAGGUCAAGACUGAGAGAAGUUCUCGAGGCGUUCAGAGAAGCUACUUCUGCUGGGCUUGAUGUCCAGCUCAAGAUUCUUCAAGCAUUACCGUCGCUUCUUCAUAACUACGCGGAUGACCUGAAAGGAGAACUGCUAGCGGCUGCUCUGAAUAUUUGUACUAUUCUACAGGCUAGCAAGAAUGGCAUUGUCAACAACACCGCGGCCGCAACCCUGCAGCAGCUUGUUGUGUCAGUAUUUGACAAAGUUGUUACCGAAGACAAAAUUGCGCUCGAGGUACCCACUGUUGGUGAAGCACCCGUUGAAAAUGGCACCGUACAGCUUCGAGCAGCAGCACUGGAUGCAUAUAGAGUGUUUAAUGAUCUCUGUCUCCUCACGGAGUCCCAGAAACCACGCUUUCUAAAAUCUACUGGCAUGCCCCAAACAUUCGGCCUGGAGCUUAUUGAGUCGGUCUUGACCAAUCACUCUGAUAUAUUCUUGUCGCAUCCAGAACAAGCUAAUAUACUGCGCACAAGAGUGAUGCCGUUCAUUAUUAGCUCCUUGUCUCAGAGGUUAAAUUUCGCCGUAACUGUCAGGAUAGGGCGCAUCCUAUAUAUCUUGUUGAGACGACACCUAGAUAUUCUCGCGUCCGAAGGGGAGAUGGCUCUAGGUCUUCUGACCCACAUGCUGGACCAUGAUACUGCAUUAUGGAAAAGAUCUUUGUGCAUGGAAGUUCUGAGAGGAAUAUUCGCCGAGGCUGUGCUUAUCAGGCGAAUAUUUGCCAUGUAUGAUGCACAGGAGGGGAAAAAGGCAAUAUUAAGAGACCUCGUGGCUGCGUUUGUUCGAAUAAGCACGGAGAAACCAGCGAUCAUUGGCCUAGGACACCAAUCUACAAUACCUACCGCAAGUUCAGACCGAAGUGCUGGAGCAGAUGAGGCGAUGCUUGAAGCCAGUGGCGUACCAGGUAUUAUUAGCAGCUCGGUCGGCUCCAAUGAGCCUGUAGCUGGGAUUAGUACUCAAUGGAGUACCAUGCGGGUACCAUGCAUUGACCAGCUUGACAAGACGGAUCCUCCAUCAGUGCCGGAGUCGUAUAUUUACAGUCUUACCCUUGCUUGCAUCAGUGGGUUUUCGGAAGGGUUAGCUAAAUUCAUCCUUCCGUUGACUGUUCCGGACCGCCCUCGAAAGAAACCAGCGCGACAACCGGAAGCAGACUCUAACGUCCGAGAAACGCCCGAACGACGAUCUUCGAAUAAGAAGAACCCAAUUCCAGUAAAUCCGCUAGUUCUGGAAGAUCACCCGUUGUACGACGAGGUCAAGAUUUGUGCAGGAAUUGUAGAUCAAUGCUGGCCUGCUAUACUUGCAACAUGCUCGACCUUCCUUUAUGCCGCGUUGGACUCGGAUUAUUAUCAUGGCCUUGUCAGGUCUUUUCAAAAGUUUACCCACGUAGCUGGGCUUCUACGUCUUGCUACCCCACGAGAUGCUUUCUUAACUACACUUGGCAAGGCAGCUGUUCCGUCCAGCAUUCUAUCCACGAGCGCUGGGGCCGCGCCAACUCCAUCGACGCCACCGCCUACAGAGACUUCGAGCAUGUUUAACAAUGCUAAAGGUCUACUCAGCGUCGAAAGUCUAACAGAUCGCGGGCGGCAACCUUCGAUAGAUGUUGGGGUGCCAUCUCUUAAUACGCGGAACCUUCUGUGUUUACGCGCUCUUCUCAACUUAGGCAUUGCCUUGGGACCAACAUUGGGUUCAGCUUGGGGCAUCAUAUUGGGCACCCUUCAAGAAGCCGACUUAGUGCUUUUCUCUAGUGCCAAAUCAGCGCGGACUCCAACAACUCCAAAGGGCGAGCAUGCAAGUGUUAAUGACGGGUCAUCUGCGCUACUGGCUAACUUCGGGACUGAGAUUAAAGCUGUUGAAACAGCUGCCGCUAGACUUCUAGAAAGUACCAUUGAGUUCCCAAAUGAGUCUUUCCUGGAAGUCGUGACGGCACUUUGCACUUUAUUUGGAAGGGAUGAUAUUCCUAAGGCCCUAUCCGGACCUACAAGCCCCCCUUCUCCUUCGGCUGAUGCACGACGACUGUCUCAUACUCAUCGAAGAAUCCAAAGUAUUAACACGGCCCCCGCUACCCAAAACCAGGAGGAUCUAUUCGCGCUAGCCAAGUUAGGUGAAGUUGGCACCAUCAAUAUUGAAAGACUUAUGACCUAUGCCCCUGAAAUAAGCGGUUGGGGGGUCUUGAGCUCCGAGUUAAUACAAGCUGCAUGUGCUACUGAUAGGCCGCCUUCAGUUAGACUUCGAGCUGCGGAAACGCUAGUUCACCUGAUUCUUGAAGCGGCAACUGCGACUUUAUCAUUCCCAGAUGAUAUUCGAACCCCUGUUCAACUGCAGUUACUCGAAACGCUUCGAGCUGCGCUGCAACCACUUGAGUCAAUUGACCGCCAAUCGUCGGUGGCAACACACAGCAUUGAUAUUGAUGUUCACAAGAUAAUUCUCGAAGGGCUUAAAAGCAUCUUGGAACAAUGUGGCGAGACAUUCAUUAGUGGUUGGGACAUUGCCUUUGAAAUCAUUGGGAGUGUUUUCGUCGAUGGCCAUGAGAAUCAAGCCCGAGGACUGAAGUCUUCUACGACUCGGUCGUCACGGCUGAUUCGAUCUUCGUUUAGUUCACUGCAACUUAUCUGCUCCGAUUUCUUGUCAUCGCUUCCGAAUUCUUGCUUUAUAAUCCUCGUCGAUACCCUUUAUAAUUUCUGUACUCAGGAUGAUGAUCUUAACAUCUCUCUAACUACUGUGACUUUCUUCUGGGUCUUGUCAGAUUUCAUUUCUGGCAGAACAAGUGCCUUCUCCCUGAAUCCAGAUCUCAUCCAAGGCUCGGAUGAACAGCGUCUGGUAGAAAUGGCAUCUGGCACGGACAUCGGAGUUUCUGAUGCCGCACUGUGGAUGCUGUUGCUCCUGCGCCUAACAGCUGUUACUACAGAUGACAGGCUGGAAUUGAGAAAUAGUGCUAUUCAAACGCUACUCAGAAUAUUUGACGCUUACGGAGAUCAACUAAGCCCUGAAGCUUGGUCGAUGUGUCUACAAUCCGUCAUAUUCAAGUUACUCUCUUCCAUGGAAGAGCAGCUCAAGAUAGCUAAUAAAUCGGAAUCCUCGGUCUCGGAUAAAGAACGGACUGGCUGGAAUGAAACCACAGUAAUUGUCCUGAGCGGGAUUACCAAUCUCUUGGCCGACUACUUGGACACACUAUCGAGCCAUCACACGUUUGGGGCCUCUUGGGACACUUUACUGGGCCAUUACAAAACACUACUGGAGUUCCAAGUCCUUGAUAUAAAUACGGCGGUCUUCAAUUCUCUGCAGCGGAUCCUUGCUAGGGGCAAUCUAGCAACAAACGGUAACACGAAUUUCGACCGUCCUGCUAUUGACCUUGGUUGGGAACUUUGGUCUCACUCCUUGCCAGUCGUGAAACGGGAUGUCUCCGACAAGAGAUUUGACAACCAGAAGUACUUGCUUGCAUACGUUUCAGUUUUGCAAGAGAUAUAUCGAUUGGUGCAAGCAGACCUUACUGUGGACCAUGUGCAAAGAAUGCUUAUUUUGCUCCGUGAAGCAAUUCAACAGGCCAGUGCGGCGACAUACUCUGCAGAUAUCGAAUAUCUCACCCCACUGCAAACCCAAGUCCUAGAAUCCCUCAAAGCCAUUCGCACAGAUAUCGAUGGCGUUCCGGCUGCAUUGAUCGGUCAGGUAUCGGACUUCGUUGGUCUAGCGUUUGAACCGAAGGAUGCGUCGUCUCUCGAAUCGCAGCGUCCGACGUACGUUGCCUUGUCGAAAGCGUCAAUGACUCUGAUGGAUAGCCUAGUUCUUGCGCAUUCAUCUGAUUGCGGGGUUUAUCUGAGUGGCGCUGUGACAUCUAGUCUAAAUGCUCUUGCGAGACCUAUUGUUCUCAAGUACUCCUUUCCCACCGUCACUAAAAGCAUAUCACCUUGGCGUCGAGCGACAACUUCAGCUCUUACUAUUUUGAAGGCGAUCCUACCCGUCAUAACCAAAGCAGGCCUCAAGGAUGACGUGAUUAGAUCCAUAUGGGGCUCGAUCGUAACCAUUGCAAACGCUAUCACGACUGCGAACUGUGAGGAUGCUCCACAAACGGGCAAUAUCAAAGACGACCAAGAAUUCGAUAUCACAUCCUUCCUCACCCUCCGGACGCUCAUAAACCCUGCUCUAGGCUCGCAAACAAUUCCCGACAAGACUCGACGCACAUACACCGAAUCACUCUUCCACACAUCCCUCAUCCACGCCCCUUUGCCUAAUGAACUCCCCUCGGCAAACCAGGAACUUCUUGCCACCCUUUACCAACAUCGAAAAGGCCGUACCAUAGAUCCGCCUCCAUCACCACGCUCCAAAAUGAGUUACAUUUGUUUUGAUGAGCUCGUAUCCCUCGUAACACUCCAUGAUAAUUCACCUCCCCGGGUUAAACUCGCCCAAGCUGCUGCGCCCUACCUCAUUCUGCGCUCAGGGCUGAUACUCCGCGCAUACAUCGCCGAUCAGCCGCUCCGUGGCCGUAUGCCGCAACCCCUCUCACAACGCAAGGAAUUACUAUACAUUUUGAAAGCAUUGGUAGAGUUGAGAUGUGAGCCUGAUGCCAUCCCUGACGCACCGGGGGUAGAAAGCGAGGGGAAGAAGCAUUUGCAUAGGCUGUACCCGCUGUUGGCUAAGGCAGUGAGGGCUGCAGCGAUGGAUCAGGAGGUCUUGGAGCUGUUAGGAAAGGCACUUGAUGAGGUGGGGAUGGAAUUUGGUGUUUGA